UCGACGACUCAUUGCGAGCUCACAGAACAGGGCUCCGGGCAGCCGAGCGGAAAUGGAGGAAAACUCGCCUCCCUGCGGACCUGGCAUCCUUUCACUCCCUCCUCUCUACAUUCUCCUCUUCUGUCUCUGCUGCUAAAGCCAAUUUCUACCACUCUAAAUUCCAAGCAUCUGCCUCUAACCCUAGGAAGCUCUUUGCCACCUUCUCCUCCCUCCUGAAUCCUCCUCCCCCUCCUCCCCCCUCCUCCCUCUCUGCUGAUGACUUCGUCAACCAUUUUGAAAAGAAGGUCGACGACAUCCGAUCCUCGUUUGCUAAGUCAAACGACACCGCUGGUUCUGCUCACUGCCCUACCCUGUGCUUUGACCUCUUUCUCGCCUCUCUCUCCAGAUGAAAUCUCGCGUCUUGUGACGGCCGGCCGCCCAACAACCUGCCCGCUUGACCCUAUCCCCUCCUCUCUUCUCCAGACCAUUUCCGGAGACCUUCUUCCUUACCUCACCUCGCUCAUCAACUCAUCCUUGACCGCUGGCUACGUCCCUUCCGUCUUCAAGAGAGCGAGAGUUGCACCCCUUCUGAAAAAACCUACACUCGAUCCCUCCGAUGUCAACAACUACAGACCAGUAUCCCUUCUUUCUUUUCUCUCCAAAACUCUUGAACGUGCCGUCCUUGGCCAGCUCUCCUGCUAUCUCUCUCAGAAUGACCUUCUUGAUCCAAAUCAGUCAGGUUUCAAGACUAGUCAUUCAACUGAGACUGCUCUUCUCUGUGUCACGGAGGCGCUCCGCACUGCUAAAGCUAACUCUCUCUCCUCUGCUCUCAUCCUUCUAGACCUAUCGGCUGCCUUUGAUACUGUGAACCAUCAGAUCCUCCUCUCCACCCUCUCCGAGCUGGGCAUCUCCGGCGCGGCCCACGCUUGGAUUGCGUCCUACCUGACAGGUCGCUCCUACCAGGUGGUGAAUCGCAUCUCUGCAUGUCUGGCAGACAUAUCAGUGUGGAUGACGGAUCACCACCUCAAGCUGAACCUCGGCAAGACGGAGCUGCUCUUCCUCCCGGGGAAGGACUGCCCGUUCCAUGAUCUCGCCAUCACGGUUGACAACUCCAUUGUGUCCUCCUCCCAGAGUGCUAAGAACCUUGGCGUGAUCCUGGACAACACCCUGUCGUUCUCAACUAACAUCAAGGCGGUGACCCGUUCCUGUAGGUUCAUGCUCUACAACAUUCGCAGAGUACGACCCUGCCUCACGCAGGAAGCGGCGCAGGUCCUAAUCCAGGCACUUGUCAUCUCCCGUCUGGAUUACUGCAACUCGCUGUUGGCUGGGCUCCCUGCCUGUGCCAUUAAACCCCUACAACUCAUCCAGAACGCCGCAGCCCGUCUGGUGUUCAACUUUCCCAAGUUCUCUCACGUCACCCCGCUCCUCCGCUCUCUCCACUGGCUUCCAGUUGAAGCUCGCAUCCGCUACAAGACCAUGGUGCUUGCCUACGGAGCUGUGAGGGGAACGGCACCUCCGUACCUUCAGGCUCUGAUCAGGCCCUACACCCAAACAAGGGCACUGCGUUCAUCCACCUCUGGCCUGCUCGCCUCCCUACCUCUGAGGAAGUACAGUUCCCGCUCAGCCCAGUCAAAACUGUUCGCUGCUCUGGCACCCCAAUGGUGGAACAAACUCCCUCACGACGCCAGGUCAGCGGAGUCUAUCACCACCUUCCGGAGACACCUGAAACCCCACCUCUUUAAGGAAUACCUAGGAUAGGAUA